AUGAAUAAUAAUAAUAGUAAUAAUAGUUAUAACAAUAACAAUAAUAAUAACAAUAAUAAUAAUAAUAAUAAUAAAAAAAUUAAAAUUAAUAAACAAACUGUGUUUUUUGAUUGGGAAGAAUUUAAAAAUAUUUAUAAUAAAUUAUAUUCAAAUGAUGAAAAAGAACAAAAAUCAGCUAUUAAAAGAAUUGCAAGUUGGAAAAGUAGAAAUAAAUUACCAGUUUCAAUUGAAGUGACAUGCUAUUUUAUAGAGUUAUUAUUAAUGAAAGAUAAAAGAUCACAAUCGGAACUAGAAUUAGGUUUAUCAAUGGCAAUAACUAGAAUGGUAAAUGGCUUUAUUGAUUCUACAAGAGACAUGUUAAGAAUCAACAAGAUCAAUAUGUUUAAAAAAGCAAAUGAGUUAAAUUUACCAACAAUGUUUGUCGAUAUAAGACAUGAUGCUGCUCAUGGCAGAUUACCAAGUUUAAAUCUAUUAACACCAGUAUCCAAAACUGCUCUUCAAUGGUUAGAGGAUUCUUAUUGGAAACCACAAUUAUCAAGUUUAGAAUUCUCUUAUGAUUUAAUAAGAGGUUUUUUAAAUAACUAUAGAUCUUUCUUUAAUAGUAUAAAUGAGAAUAGCAAUCAAAAUAUAAACGAUAGUUUAUUUAAAUUUAUCCUAGAUUCCAAUAUUAUAAAUGAACUUAGUUCAGAUAUUUUAGGUAAUAUAAUGAUUCCAAUUAUGUUGGAUGAAAACUACCUUAUUGUAACUGAGAAUUCAAAUAAUAAUAAUAAUAAUAAAAAUAUUAGUAAUAAUAGUAACAAUAUCAUUUAUAGUCACAUUCCAAGUAACCUUAAAAAACUAUACACCCCAUUAUGCCAAUUCCUUCAUUCCUCAUUUCCUCACUUUUUAAAUAUAGUUUUAUUUUUAUUGUUAGAUAGAAUUUGUAAAUCUACUCCAUCAACCACAACAAACUCAAAAAAAAAAAUACAAAAGCCACAAACUAAUCAUCAAGAAGUUUCAGAAAUACAGGUAGGGGAUUCUAAAAUUUCCUUAAUGACACAAUGGACAUUAUAUUUCCUAGAGCAUUUCCAAAGCUCUUCAAUCGAGGAGCAAGAAGGUUUGGUUAACUAUAAAAUCGAACUACCAUAUAGAUAUAUGCUAGAAAAAUGUUUAGAAAAUAUUCAGUCUAGACAUUGCCAAAAAAUAUUAAAUAUAAUUAUGAAAAAGAAAAACAUUGAUACCCACAGUAAUAGUAUUAAUAAUAAUAAUAAUAAUAACGAGGGAGAAAACGAAAUUAAUUAUUCAGCAGCUCAAGUUUUAUCAACAUUAAAUCAAAACAAUAAUAGUGUUAAUAAUAACAAUACAAAUAAUAAUAACAAGGUAUGGAAGUUACAAAAAGAAUGGAGAUCAUGCCCAAUUGGUAUACUACCGCCACCAAGUGACCAAGUAUCAUCUAGCUUCGAUUUAUCAGAUGAUCUUGAUGAUAAUUUAGAUCAUGGUAAUUUUGUUCAAGCAUCGUCCUUAGAAUACACCACUAUUGACCCUUCACUUUCAAAUAAAAAUAUAUUACUUUCAAAAUUAGAUAUGAUGUACCCAAAUUUAAAAACAACAUCAAGCAUCAGAAAAGAUUUUAUUAAUUUAUCAAAACAAUCACCAAAUAAUAAUAAUAAUAUCAAUAACAGUAACAAUAAUAACAACAAUAACAAUAACACCAACAACAAUAACAAAGAGCCAGAGGAAUCCCCAAUAAUAGUCAUUGAAGAUGAUGAGGCUCCAAUUGUAAACAAUGAACAACCAGUUUUAAAGAAACAAAAAACAUCAAAUAGUGUAGCCACUGGUAGUAAAGGACCAAAAAAAUCAAAAGCAAAAAAAGAUGUCCUGGAUGAUUUUAUGUUUUGGAACAAAUAG